AUGGCACAUUCUUCGUCAAGUCAACCGAAGACACCUCGUGAUCAAGAAAAUCAGUCAAAUACAAUUUCAGAAAAAGCCGAUGACACAAAAUCGCGUCUCUUACCAUCUUCAAUUAAAGAAUCAUCUGCUAGCACACGAUAUGUAGGAGCAACAGCACGACCAUUUGAUGACUUUGCUCUUCUAGAAACAGAUUUUGAUGCGCGAAAUGAAAUACUUAUAAGACCAGAAGCACGAUCAUUUGACGAGAUUCUUGUUGGAACAACAGAUGCUGAUACGAAAGUUGGAACAAUUAAAAAAUCUGGUGAUAAUAGUUCGUCAUGGAAUAAUGAAAAAGCAUAA